UCUGUUUGGAACGGAAGCCCAGUGGCCGCCGGCUUCCUGGUUGCGCGGCAGCCCUGAGGGCCCAGUUUAGCCGUCGCGAUGUUGCCCUACACCGUGAAUUUUAAGGUGUCGGCGCGCACCCUCACCGGGGCCCUCAAUGCCCACAACAAGGCGGCGGUGGACUGGGGCUGGCAAGGUUUAAUUGCUUAUGGAUGUCAUUCACUUGUGGUAGUGAUUGAUUCCGAUACUGCUCAAACGCUUCAAGUUUUAGAAAAGCAUAAAGCCGAUGUUGUCAAGGUUAAAUGGGCCAGGGAAAAUUAUCAUCAUAACAUUGGCUCGCCAUAUUCCUUGCGCUUAGCUUCUGCUGAUGUCAAUGGAAAGAUCAUCGUUUGGGAUGUAGCAGCAGGAGUAGCGCAGUGUGAGAUCCAAGAGCAUGCCAAGCCUAUUCAGGAUGUUCAGUGGUUAUGGAAUCAAGAUGCUUCCCGGGAUUUAUUGCUUGCUAUCCAUCCGCCAAAUUACAUUGUGCUCUGGAAUGCAGAUACUGGCACCAAACUCUGGAAGAAGAGCUAUGCAGAUAACAUUCUUUCUUUUUCUUUUGAUCCUUUUGAUCCCUCACAUUUAACUUUACUCACCAGCGAGGGCAUUGUAUUCAUCUCAGAUUUCUCUCCAUCCAAGCCUCCCUCAGGCCCUGGGAAAAAAGUUUACAUAUCCAGUCCACACUCCAGCCCAGCUCACAACAAGCUGGCUGCAGCCACAGGGGCCAAGAAGGCUCUUAAUAAAGUGAAAAUCUUAAUCACUCAAGAGAAACCUAGUGCAGAAUUCAUCACUCUCAAUGAUUGCCUUCAGUUGGCAUAUCUGCCUUCCAAAAGGAAUCACAUGUUGCUGCUCUAUCCUCGUGAGAUUUUAAUCCUCGAUCUUGAGGUGAACCAGACAGUGGGUGUGAUUGCAAUAGAGCGGACAGGAGUUCCUUUUCUGCAGGUAAUUCCCUGCUUUCAACGUGAUGGUUUAUUUUGCCUACAUGAAAAUGGUUGUAUAACCUUACGUGUUCGGAGAUCUUACAGUAGUAUUUUCACCACUUCAAAUGAGGAACCAGAUCCAGAUCCUGUCCAGGAGCUUACCUAUGACCUACGAAGCCAGUGUGAUGCAAUCAGGGUGACAAAAACUGUCCGUCCCUUCAGUAUGGUGUGUUGUCCUGUCAAUGAGAACGCAGCUGCUCUCGUAGUAAGCGAUGGCAGGGUCAUGAUAUGGGAACUGAAGUCUGCUGUUUGUAAUCGGAAUUCACGGAGCAGUAGUUCUGGCGUGUCACCUUUAUAUUCACCAGUGUCUUUCUGUGGAAUUCCUGUAGGAGUCCUACAGAAUAAACUCCCAGACCUCUCCUUAGAUAACAUGAUUGGGCAAAGUGCAAUUGCUGGGGAAGAACAUCCCAAAGGCUCCAUUCUGCAGGAAGUGCAGCUCAAGUUCCUGCUAACAGGUCUGCUUUCGGGACUGCCCUCCCCACAGUUCGCUAUCCGUAUGUGCCCCCCGUUGACCACAAAAAACAUCAAGAUGUAUCAGCCGUUGCUUGCUGUUGGUACAAGCAAUGGUUCUGUCCUGGUGUACCAUCUCACUAGUGGGCUGCUGCACAAGGAGUUAAGCAUCCAUUCGUGUGAAGUCAAGGGUAUUGAAUGGACGAGUUUAACUGGUUUUCUUUCUUUUGCUACCUCAACACCAAACAACAUGGGAUUAGUGAGAAAUGAACUUCAACUGGUUGAUCUUCCAACAGGCAGGAGCAUUGCUUUCCGUGGUGAACGAGGUAAUGAUGAGUCGCCCAUCGAAAUGAUUAAAGUAUCUCAUUUGAAGCAGUAUCUGGCAGUUGUAUUCAAAGAUAAACCCCUGGAGUUAUGGGAUGUUAGGACUUGUACCAUUCUUAGAGAAAUGUCCAAAAACUUCCCUGCAAUAACUGCUUUGGGUGAAAAAAAUUCUUCAUCUUCUUUUCCUCCAUCCCAAAGCUUGUUGCAGGAGGCUGAAAGUAAAUCUGAACUCAGUCAGAACAUCUCUGCCCGGGAGCAUUUUGUGUUCACCGAUAAUGAUGGCCAAGUUUAUCAUCUCACUGUUGAAGGAAACUCAGUGAAAGACAGUGCUCGGAUCCCACCGGACGGGAGUAUGGGUAGCAUUACUUGCAUUGCUUGGAAAGGUGAUACAUUAGUUCUUGGAGAUAUGGAUGGAAAUUUAAAUUUUUGGGAUUUGAAAGGCAGAGUAUCCAGAGGAAUACCUACACACCGAAGUUGGGUGAAGAAGAUUCGUUUUGCCCCUGGUAAAGGAAACCAAAAAUUAAUAGCAAUGUACAAUGAUGGAGCUGAAGUAUGGGAUUCUAAAGAGGUUCAGAUGGUGAGCAGUUUAAGAAGUGGAAGAAAUGUAACCUUUCGGAUAUUGGACGUGGACUGGUGCACGUCAGAUAAAGUGAUCCUGGCUUCUGAUGACGGGUGUAUCAGGGUCCUGGAGAUGUCCAUGAAGUCCACGUGCUUUAGGAUGGACGAGCAGGAGUUGACUGAGCCUGUGUGGUGCCCAUAUCUCCUUGUUCCCAGGGCUGCUCUCGCCUUGAAAGCUUUCUUAUUACAUCAGCCUUGGAAUGGACAGUAUUCUUUGGACAUUUCUCAUGUUGAUUAUCCAGAAAAUGAAGAAAUAAAGAAUCUCCUUCAAGAGCAGUUGAACUCAUUGUCUAAUGACAUAAAGAAACUCUUGCUCGAUCCGGAGUUUACUCUCCUGCAGAGAUGCCUGCUUGUUUCAAGGCUUUAUGGUGAUGAAUCGGAGCUGCACUUCUGGACUGUCGCCGCCCACUAUCUGCACAGCCUGUCCCAGGAAAAGGCCGCAAGCACACCAGUGGCUAAAGAAGCCGCUCCUCGGGACAGAGUGAACAACCCACUAGAUAUAUGUUAUGACGUCCUCUGUGAAAAUGCCUAUUUUCAGAAAUUUCAGUUGGAAAGGGUUAAUCUCCAGGAAGUAAAACGGUCAACUUAUGAUCAUACAAGGAAAUGUACAGACCAGCUGCUUCUCUUGGGUCAAACAGACAGAGCCGUGCAGUUGCUUUUGGAAACCAGCGCAGACAACCAGCAUUAUUACUGUGAUUCACUCAAAGCCUGCCUGGUCACCACCGUCACCUCGUCAGGCCCCUCCCAGAGCACCAUCAAGCUCGUGGCGACUAAUAUGAUCGCCAACGGAAAACUGGCAGAGGGCGUCCAGCUGCUCUGCCUGAUAGACAAAGCUGCGGAUGCCUGCCGCUACCUGCAGACCUACGGCGAGUGGAACCGGGCAGCGUGGCUUGCCAAAGUCCGCUUAAAUUCUGAAGAGUGCGCUGAUGUUUUGAAACGAUGGGUUGACCACCUUUGCUCCCCUCAAGUGAACCAGAAGUCCAAGGCCCUCCUGGUUCUCCUUUCCCUGGGCUGCUUUUCCAGCGUGGCCGAGACGCUUCACAGCAUGAGGUACUUCGACAGAGCGGCCUUGUUUAUGGAAGCUUGUCUCAAGUACGGAGCCAUUGAAGUCAGUGAGGACACAGAGAAGCUCAUCUCUGCUAUUUAUGCAGAUUAUGCCCGAAGUUUAAAGAACCUCGGGUUUAAACAGGGAGCGGUUCUUUUUGCUUCAAAGGCUGGAGCAGCUGGCAGAGAUUUAUUGACUGAACUGGAAUCCCCCAAGCAAGAACUGACUGACUGAAGAGUGACCAGUCUCUGUGCCCCAGGGCACCUGGCCUCAAGAGCAGCGGCCGGGGUGUUGGUCUGGCUGCGGACGGUCACAGCCAGACCUACGAGGGUGCCGUCCCCUCCGGGGCCCUCGUGGACUGUUUUACCAUGUAUGCACAAUAGUAUGUGGGCAUUUAUGCUAUAAGAAGCCAGUCCCAGGACCUGUAUUUAUCUCAGAGAAAGACAGGAAUGCUUCAGAUAUUGAAAGUAUAACAUUUUAUACUUUGGGAGACAGCUUUAAGAGUACCUAGAAAUGCUUUUCAUUUUUUAAAAAUUUAAGAUCCAAGCAGUUGAAUUGCUUUUCACAUAGACUAGAUUUAAAUCUGUAGUAAAAGCAGUUUGUGAGAGCUAUACUGAAAUAUGUGCUGUGCCUGUGUGUAUAUACAGUCAUUCAAGGUAUAAACAGAGCAGAAACAUUUAAACAGUAAAGGUGACUUACCAUGGCAUUCCUUGUUUUCUUACCUUGAAAACAGAACUGUUCAUUUCUUGGUUAGGCAGUUGCUGAAUUUUGUAAUUUCAAGUGUAUAGGCUCUUAGAGAAAUUGUAAGCUUUAGGUUUUGUCUGUGGAGUCUUAUAUAUUUGGGAUUUUAGCUCCUUCUGUGAUGGGUUACAGUAACCUCCUCUUUGAAGACUCUGUGCUCUAAUAAUUUUCUGUCUUUGUGUUCUUCCAAUGACUGAACUAUAUGAGAUGUGACUUAUAAAUUAUUGCUAACAAUUGAAAUGUGUGUAACUUCCAGAAAUGAUAAAAAGGGAAUUAAUCCAGCCA